CGCAACUGUUGCGGUGUAAACUCUAUUCCUACAAUGAGUCAGAGCUUCGACUGGAACUACCCAGGCCUAAACUGGUCUCAUUUUCACUCUCUUGCGAACCUCCUUUCGCUUCGAAAUGGCGGCCAGGCCGAGCCUUCUUCGUUAUCUGAUAGGGUGCUCGAAGAAGACUGGGAUCCCGAUGACGAUGGAGAUGGAAAUACGCCUAGCAUGGAUACUAGACUCGCUAAUCAGAUAUCGGACUCGGAGCAUGAGAGGCUUAAACGAAGGUUUCUUGAUUGUUUGGCUGAAUUCGCGGCUAACAAGAAAGGCGGAACAGCAGUUGCUUGCUCCGCCAUGAAGGAGGCUGAAGACAAUGUCGCCAUCUGGAUUGCUCGUAAUGAAGGCUUCUCUGAUGCGGAUAAGCCUACGUUUGAUAAAUUAGGAAAGGUGCUGGGUUCGUUAUCUUGCAAUACUGAUCAAUCUGAGAUUGUCCUAUGGGAAGAGAUGGUCUCGUAUCAUCAGAACCGAAUUGAACACAGCUAUAUUCCUAAGUUGAGGGCAAGCUUUAAAGCUCACGAUGCUGCCCCCAGGAGGAACGGUACUAACACACUAGAAAACAGUGGAGUCUCUGAUGCUGCCCUAUCUGUCCUGCGGACUCUUCUUUUUAAUGGUAAUAUUAACGGUGCAAGCACCCUUGAAAAGCACAUGAGUCUUGUUAUCGCAGCAUACAACCUGCGUCGAACAAGGAACAUUGAGGAGGUACUCUACAGCUCUUCAAGCGCGACUUCCAGAUCGAAGAGCUUGUGGUCUAAUAUCUGCCUGCUCGCCCGGCUCCGAGUCUCAUUCCAGAAUUUCAAGGACAUUUCUCUCACACUUCCAAGCUUCGAACAAGUCACAAUCAUCCUGGUCUCUCGUCCUUUUACGCCUGUAAAUCCGUCUCAACGCCCGCUCAACUUGAAUGAGACCUUCGGUAUCCUCCAACUUAAGCUAGAUCCUACCACAACGAAAGCCGUCUUAGGCGAGAAUUGGACAGUCCCUAAGAUUAAAGGCGAGUUCGCAAAACAGCAGAAGCAAAAGCCAAACAUACACGCCGAGGUUCAAAUGUUGAUGUCUCUGAAUACUAAUGGAUCAUCUACGUCAGGUUUGUUCCCGUAUUUUGGAUGUAGUAAGCUCAGCUGUUUCAUGUGCAAUCACUUUAUUCAAUCGUAUGGGCGAUUCACGACGAGAGGGUGCCAUGGACGCCUCUUCAAGCCAUGGACCGUGCCAAGUGUGGAUCGACUACUGCCUGGUCAGGCCGAUCGGAUAGCAAAGGCUCUUAUAUUAGUUCAAAAGGAGGUUAAGAAAAAAUUGACGGCCUCAGUCGAGGGCCAUAUUCGGCAUGAACGAACUUCGGUUAUCGGGGGAAGCAGUGUCUUAAGUGGUCGGCAAGAGGAGCGCUCACAGAGACAGUUGCAGAUUGACCGGCUAAGGAUGAAAGCAGAACGCAACAGAGUUACAGAAAUGUUUAGAAGGCAAACGGAGAACACGACCAGUUCAGCCAGCCCCACCUAUUCAACUCCAGAAGGAAAUGAGCCGCACUGGGAGGAGUGCGAUAUAUGCAUGAGACCGACGACGAGAACGUGCAGCAUUUGCAACAAAGACUUCUUCUGCAGAGAUUCGUGCCAGGAGAAAAGAUCCGGAAGCCAUUUGUUCACGUGCUCUAAACGCCCACUUACUUCCGCCGAUUAUCUCUGGAAGUCAUUGAUAGACGAUCUCAUGCCUGAAGAUGAGGAUGUUCUUGAAGAUUUCGGAUUCAACAACGUUCUCUUUGGCGGGGACCAGACUUACCUUCUAGGGCUCUACCAAGGCCUCUAUCUUUCCGGCAAGUUCUCAGCGGAGGACAUACAUGAGUGGCGUGUUGGGGACAUCCUGGUCGAUAAGAUCAAGGAGUUCUAUUACAGCAUUCCGCAGAAUUCUCGUGGGCAAUACUUUCCCUGGUUUCUGAAGAAUUCCUAUGCCCUAGAGCGCCAUAUGACCAAAGAAGAAGCGCAACAAAAUUUAAUAGCGACCUUCUACGACAAGGCCAGGCCGUACUUAGAUAUCGAGGAUCGCAACAAGACAGCUAGGGAACUACAGCCAGAAGCUAAGGGAAGUAGUUACAACUUGCUAGCGGGAGUGUUAUUCCGCGCUAGUCCUAAUCCGAUUGAUAGAAAUUGGUACUCUUUCGGGUUUGUAACCUGCCGCGGACAGGGCGAAGAAAGUGUGCUCGUAGAUCUCUACCAGCUCCUUCUUACCGAAAGCGACGGAAGUUUUUUCUACGAGUUCCAUAACAGUCGAAGAGGUGUCAUUAAGCCUGCCACAUUCACACAAUUUUGGAAAGCAUAUGAAACGGGAACACUUAUCCAGCUCAUGGAUUCGAAGGGGCUGAAGGAACUACGAUCCAGGCUCCCGUUCCUAGAGGGCUUUUUGUCCGUGGGGCCGGCCGACCCCCUCCCAUCCGUAUGGAACCUGAAGCAGUGUGUUGAGAUCAACGAUCUGAUGGACCAUCCGCCCAUUCCAUCAGUCAACGUUGACUAUGGAUUUAUCAACUGCCAUAAUUUCGAGGAAACUUGCAUACUGAUGGAAAUUUACGGAAAGGUUUUGAAGACUGCGAAUCCACUGGAACUCCACCAGGCGUGUGUGGCUGGUGAUUUGUUUCAAUAUGCAAGUGACUAUGUCUGGAUGGAGGAGCGGUGGAGGUCUUUGAUGAGGAAUAUUUAUCCUUUGAAAGAAGUGGUGGAGUCGGAGCUGGGGCCAGAGCUGAGAUCAGACGUAGGGUCAGAGGCGAAUGAAGAUCCUGCGGGUUUGCCAUCGCUAUUGUCGAGACUUUGGGAGUUCAUUAGAUAAUAAAUAGCUUCUAGUUCUACCUUAUACAGCGCUGUAUGGGGGGAGUGAGCCAUUUUCGUCGACGAUGUUGUUGCAAGUAAAUGUUAAAGAUCAGGUGGCAUGUUCCUAUCACGUGCCACAAGCUUUAGGCCUGAG